AUGUCACAGUACACCUACAAGCACGAGGAGGGCCUUCCUCAGUUGCCCGUACCGCUGUUAGCAUCCACGGCACAGCAGAUGUUGAUAGCAUUGAAGCCACUCUUGAGCACAGAAGAGUACUCAGAGUUGCAUCAAGAGUCAUCCGCGUUCGUCACCGACGAGAUCAUUAACUUGAUCCAGUCUCACUUGGUCGCAGCCUCCCAGAAGCCUUCCAAUUCAUGUUACUUGAAUUCCAUCAAUGAUGAAACAAACCCCGGAAUCUAUGGCGAGCUAAGGGGAAAUAUUUUACCAAGAAACCCCUACUUGGUUCUCGAAGAAGACCCGUACUCCAAGACUGUGAACCCCCCUAAUCAGUGUGAAAGAGCUGCCAGCUUGAUCAAUUCCUCCUUGAAAUUUAUUGUCAGUCUCCGGAACGGCACCUUGAAGCCCGACUUGACACCCAAGAACUCCAAUCCAUUGACCAUGAACUGCUACAAGAACUUAUUUGGAACAACAAGGGUUCCAUCUUCGAGACCUCUUGAGAGCAAUAUUACCAUCAAAAAGUACAAGGAUGUUAAUGAUUCCAGACAUAUCGUGAUUAUUACCAAUAACCAGUACUACAAACUCGAAGUAUUGACUCCAAACGAUGAUUCGGAGAAAUCCAAGCACAAAAUUUGGUUCAAUGACAAUGAACUCUCGCUCUUGCUUGAAGGCAUUCUAGAACAAUCUCUGAAGAUUGGUCAGAUCGAGUCGAUCAAUAAUUCGAUCGGCUCUAUCACAACCCAGUCCUUGAAGGAAUGGAAGUCUGCAAGAAUGGAAUUAAUCAAGACAAAUAAGCAAACGUUGGAACUCAUUGAUAAUGCUUUAUUUGUGGUUGUAUUAGAUCCCAAUUCACCCGAAACUGACCAAGAUAAGACGUCAGUUAUCUCCCAUGGUACCUCUAAGCUUCUUCCUCACAGUACCAUGCAAAUAGGUUCUUGUACCUCUAGGUGGUAUGAUAAGUUGCAAUUAAUUGUGACUCAAAACUCUUGUGUUGGGAUUGUAUGGGAAUCAACCUCAAUGGAUUCAACUGCCAUCUUACGAUUUGUUAGUGAUAUUUACACCGACCUGAUUCUUAAGCUAGCAAAGAACAUCAAUGGGUCCGAAUACACCUUGUUUGAUGACAGCAUUACAUUUGUUUCAUCAAGAGAAAUCGAGAAACCAGAUGUCUCUGAGUUGAAAUUUGUGAAAACUCCAGAGUUGCAAAACUUGAUCCAUUUGUCAGAAACAAGAUUAGCAGAUAUUAUCAAUCAGCACGAAUUUAAGGUUUUAAAAUUGAAGUUGGAUUCACAUUUGGUCGCUAAGUUUGAUAUCUCAAUCGAUUCGAUGUUGCAAAUUUGCUUUCAAAUUGCCAAUUAUUCGUUGUAUGGUAAGAUGGUUAAUACUUUGGAACCAAUCACAACCAGGAAGUUUAAGGAUUCAAGAACCGAGUUAAUCGCAAUUCAGAGCGACCAAAUUUUCAGAAUGGUAAAAUUAUUCCUUACUCAAUCGAAUGAUCAGGAAAAGUGGGAUUCCUUCAAACAGUGUUGUAUUGACCACCACAAGCAGUAUAUUGAUGCCAUGCAUGGGAAAGGUUUUGAGAGACAUUUAUCCACCUUGCUAGAGGUUGCUAAGAAUCCCAACACAGUAGAAUACCUUAAUGAGCUAAACUCAGAUUUGAAGCCUAUUCCACUCCUUGCCAAAAUUGAAGUUCCGCUACUCUCUAAUCCAUUGAUAGAGAAGCUACUCACACCAGAAAUCUUAAUAUCUAAUUGUGGUAAUCAGGCAUUACACUUAUUUGGUAUUUCGCCAGCCACUGAUCAAGGUUUUGGAAUUGGAUACAUCAUACACAGUGAUAAGGUCAUCAUCACUGUUUCUUCCAAGUUCAGACAAACAGAAAGAUUCUUGAAUACAUUCAAAAGAGUUGUGGGUGAGUUGAAGUCUAUUAUCAAGAAAAAGUCCAAUUUCUUAAUGAGUAUCAAUGACUCUGAAACCAGAAAGGUUGAAAUGAAGAGGCUUAGAAUCGAACAUGAGUUGGACAAGGUUGAAAAUGUUCCUUCCAAGCGUUACCCCAUAAAGUUGGUGACCGAUAGACACGAUGAAAAGGCUGAUCUAGCACUUGGUGCAGACUAUGGCGUGAUGAAAAACCGUUCUAACUCGAUUGAAAGCGCUGGAAGUGGAAGUGGUGAGUAUGAUUUAUUAGGAGGAUAUGGCUACUUCGAUUUUGGUGAGUUGGACCUGAGAUCGAAUAUCAUAUCCAGAAAUGAAUCAUUUUUGAAUAGCCAUUCGAACCUUCACUCCAACCUAGGUUCCAGACUAGGAUCCAGAAACCACAGUCUGACACAUCUUAACAAGGUUACGGAUGAUCUAAAAGAAAAGAUGUCUAUUUCGGAGAAAAUCCGAGAACGCUUAGGAGGAGAUCGCUUGGGGAGCCUGGAAAGCGUAAGCGAGGAUCCGCCACAACUUCCCAAGAGAGACAAGAAGUCUAUUGGAAGGGAAUUGGACACCUCAGACUUCAGGUAA